GAAAGAACAAGGAAGGACUCGAUCUUGCGGAUGCCGAACUUCGGUUUCAUUUAGGCGUUACAACCGUAGCCGACAAAAACUGGUUCUACUUGUUAUCUAUGGAUGGGCAACUUUGGACUGAUGAGUAAGGAAGAUGAACUGUGUGAGUACAUUAACGGGCACAGGCUGUUGGCUAAUGUACCAUGGUAUACUGUUGACAACGUACUAAUUCCUGUCAACAUAAAAGAGGAAAAUCACUGGAUUUUGGUUGUGAUAUCAUUCACUGACAGGUCCAUCUACGUAUACAACUCAUACCGAGCUGCAGGGCAUGAUGCUGUCGUUAGAGUCGGAGUGAAAAUGUUGGCUACUCUAGUGACACACAGUCUACAAAUGACUGAUUUCUAUGAGAAGAAGGCGGAUAUAGAUUUUGCCACACAUCCUUCUUACAGAAAUAGAGAACAAACCGACAACUUUGACAUUGUGAAUGUAGACAAUCUCCCGCAACAAGCUCCAUCUAGCAUGGAUUGUGGUGUGUAUGUGGCCGCCUUCGCUGAAUACUUGAGCUCAAGUGCAGUCAUCCCAACCGAAUUCGAUGCAAAGUUACUCCGUAUGAGAUACGGCGCCCUUUUAUGCGACUAUGCAUGGGAUAAGUCAAACAACAAUGCGUCAAGUGAUAACGAGCAGCCUCCAAGACCAAUUAGACCGGCAGUUGAUUAUGAUGCAGUUGAUAAAGAGGAUCUUGAUUAGGCCACCAAUUCAUUUGUGUUUUUUCAUUUUCAUGUUGAACAAUAGCAUAGUUGGUUGCGACUUUUGU